AAAAAAAAAAAAUUUGUGCAUUUGUAUUGAAUCCUCUGUGACACUAACAAAAAUACCCGCUACACAUGGAUAGGAAGUGACUGAAACAAAUACCAUACCAAAAAACCAUUUGUCUAUUAUAAGCUUCACAACCCUGCUAGAAAAUUCCUACCAGUUUGAUCAGCUCUACCUGUUUUUCAGAAGCUGGUAGCCAGUUUGACCAAGCUGGAUUUUUUAGCAGGGAAAUUCUGCACACCUGCUAAAAUGACGUACUGACAUCUGUCAUCACUGUGUAUUAGAUUGAACAGUGAUAUGAAGGAAUGUUCAGCAUUUUGAGUUCAGCUCAAUGGUAAAUGAUUAAUUAUUUGUUUUAUUUCAUCGAGAUGUGGGCUAAAGCCUUUUUUUCCCCCCACAAAUGCACCCACACACAUUAACUCAUACUCUUACACAACUCAAAAGGAUUUUCACUGUCAAAAACACUCCCAUGCACCCUUAAAGCUCUAAUGGAAAUGUGUGGGCUAUAGUUUUUCUCUUAUUGUUACAAACUACUACAGCUAGUGUUACACCUUGCUUUUGAAGUAAGAUGGAACAACAGCACUUCCUUCAGUUGACCUGAGUUAAUAUAAUAGAAGUUUCAAUGACUGCUAUUUAUAGUGCAUAGGUGGGGGGUCAAAUUUUUAUUCAAAAUUUGGCAGACGUAACACUAAAAUGUGCAUAGUUAUAGAUGUUGAGACAAGAUGCUUUGUUGUUGUUUAACCCUAAAAGUCCACAGUUAGUUAAAUCAAAAAUAAAUAAAUAAAUAAAUAAAAAAUGUGUGGUCGGUAUGUAAGUACAGUAGGUCUGUCCCAAAUGAUUAAAAUAUAAGCUUUAUUCAGCACAGAUUAGAUACAACAGUUUACUCUUCAGUUUGAGCUAAUAUGAGAAGGCUUAAAGGGUAAUGUGACAGCUGCACAUGGAGACAUGAGUGCACUCAAGGUGUGAUACAGGGAAAGUGAACAAGAACACAGUGUUAUGUUAAAACAAACUAGGGUUAAGGAAGGCAGCUUUUGCAUUUGCUUCUUCAGGCAAUAUAACACACUCAUUUUCUUAAUCUUAAUUUUCUACGUUUUAAACAUCAGUGACAGACUAAUAAUUGAGACUCAGUGACUUCACUGUUGAAAUCCAGGUGUUUAUUUUAUUAUUAUUAUUAUUUUUUUUGCUUAUGAUCAUAAGACAUCGAAACAAGUCAGGCAGCAUUUGUAAAAUACUUUCAGUUUUCAUUACUGGACCCAUGAGCGGAGAAUUAAAUAGCUAUAUCCCUGUCAGUAUAGUUUCUCUGUCUGUUUUCAAGUUGCUGUCUAUACUGAGAUUGACCGCAAUGAGUUUGGCUCAAGACACAUUUUUCAAAACCAGACUUCUUCAGCUGGAAUGCCAUUUUACCUGGGAUCUGAAUAAAAAUGAUGCAGAUCUCACUGAUCUUCUGAACAGGCUAGAAGAACAGCUUAACCUGGACAUCGGAAGGGAGGCAGGAGCUGCGCGCACACACAGCUGUAUGGGAUUUGUGAAAUUUCUACUAGGCUCCAAUACUGAGGCUCUCAGCAACUUUCAGAAAUCUGUAGAGCUCACUAAAUCUCAUGGAAAUGACUGUGACAAGCUGCUUGUUGUUGCCUAUGGAGGCCUUGCAUGGUUAUACUAUCAUAUGGGUAAUUUUGCAGAGUGUGAAAGCUACCUGAAUAAGCUGCGUGAGAUUAAAGAGAAACAUCCAUCUGUCCCGUACGCUGAGGUGCUUGGAGAGCAGGGAUGGACCUUCUUUAAAUUUUCUCGCAAAUAUUAUGAAAGGGCUAAAGAGUGCUUCAAGAAGGCCCUGGAGCUGGACCCAGAUGAGGGUGAAUGGGAUGCCGGCCUUGCAAUUCUCCUGUAUCGGACAGAAUAUACUCUCCAAGAUCGUGCAGCUUCAACUGCAGUUGAUCAACUUAGACGGGCCAUAGCCACUAACCCAGAUGAUGAUGUUCUUAAAGUUCUGCUUGCUCUGAGAUUGGCUACUUACAAGAAGUACAGUGAGGCAGAGAGCCUAGUGGAGCAAGCCUUAGAGAGGUCUCCAGAACACCCACAUGUGAUUCGAUAUGUUGGGAAGUUUUUCCGGGAUAGAGGAUCUGUGGACAGGUCCAUUGCCCUGCUGAAGAGAGCGUUAGAGAAAGUGUCCAACGCAGCCUUUAUACACCAUCAGCUGGGGCUCUGCUAUAAGAAAAAGAUCAUGAACCUGAGGCACGCAGGAAGCCACCACACAAGAGGUGCUGAAAUUAAGCGAGCUCGAGAGCAGUGCAUCUACCACUUGGAGAUGGCAACUGAACUGAAGACCGGCUUCAUUAUGGCUAUGAAUGAUCUCGCCCUUCAGUACGGGGCGAACCGGGAUGUGUCGAGAGCAGAAGAAAUGUUCCAGCAUACAUUUCAGACAGCUAAAGAAAAAAAUGACAGCUACCAGUCUGUUCACCUCUGUUAUGCAGAAUUUCAGCAGUACAGUUUGAGAUGUGAGCCUGCUGCCAUCAAACACUACACUGAAUGUCUGAAGAUAAAUCCAAAUACAUAUCAUGGGAAUAAAAGUGCUGAAAGUCUGAAGAGGAUUGCAAAGAGAAGAAUUGAGAACAACUCAGAGGAUGGAGAAGCCUUUGGAAUACUUGGAAUCAUUCAUAAGGAAAAAGGAGAAAAACAACAAGCCAUAGAGUGCUUUGAGAAAGCGCUGAGCUGUGUAGACAAUGAAGAUUACCUCAGUGAUCUUUGUGAACUUAGGCUUUCAUUGCAGUAAUUUUACCAAUAUGCAAUAUGAUACACAGCCAAUUAUUUGCAUAUUCAUGAGAUUCAAUGGUGAUUGUAUAGUAUCUCUAAUAAUAUAUGAACUGUAGAUUAAACAGUAAUAUUAAUCUUCCCACACUGAGUAACACAGAGCGCCCUACAAACAUGGCUGCCUACUACAACUCCCAGACCACAGAGCUGCCACCGAAGACUACAGCACACAACAACCAUCACAAACUCUCUCACAUUCACGUUCGCCUUCAUUCUGAUUGCGUACACCUGGACUCUUUUACACAAUCACAGCCACAGUAUAUAAGGACACUCAUUCCACCAGUUCAUUGUGAAGUAUAUGCUCAGUAUCAUGUACCUCUUGAUGCCAAGCCUUACGGUCUCUAGUUCUUUUGUUUAUGGUUAUGACUAUGUUACUGGUUCCUGGUUUUUGUCUCUUGCCCAAGUUGCUCUGUUUGCAUGUCAUGUUACUCCUGCCUGUUUCCUGACUCUGAAUCUGCUCUAUGUUUUGGAUUUGUUUGCCUGUACUAAAAUAAAGAAUCUUAACCUG